AUGGCGCUGGGCAUCAACGCCGUCCAUCCACCGCGCGUGGCCAGAGCACCACCGCGCCCCGGAGAGGCCCACAACGAGCCGGCGCGAAACGCAGCACCUCGCCAUCGCGAGGCCGACCACCGCGACCCGGACACGGCACCCUGCUGUCGCGCCCGCCCCCAGCAACACAGCCCGCCGCGCCGCCCUGACAGGGACAUCUCAUGCAGCACCACGAGUCCUGCUUUCCCCAGAGAAGCUCACCAGCGCGACGCCCUCGGCCCGCCAGGCCUAGAUGGGGCCCAGAUCGGGCGCUUGCUCCAGCGCCGCCAGGCCCCAGAUCCCCGCCGACCUCCAGCAGCCACCCCCGUCGAUCCCUUCCAGCACGCCCUGCAGCCUCCUCCACAACCAGCCAACCGCCAGCCGCGCCGCCAUGCUCGCCACCUGCAGAGCCCUGCCUCCAAGAGGGAGUCCCGCGAGGGGGAAACAAUGCCCCGCCGCCACCUUCACUGGGCGCGCGCGGCUUCGCCAGCGCCCCCUCCGGCGGCGGCGAUGCAGGGGAGGGAUGGGAGAUGCCCCUAG